AUGCCGGAAAGGGACUUCCUAACCAGAUCCUGGACAGUUCUAUCUUCACGGAGAAAACCUAGAAAGAUCCGUAUUCCUGAGGUUAAUACCUACUCUACACAGUUUAAAGAAUGCAACAGUCUUCACUCUCGACUGGGGCUACCAUUACGAACUGACGUGGAGACAAGGACAUCACAUUUUCCGGAUAUCUCAUCAUUUCCACCGUUGACGUCAUCUCCCCAUUUUGCACGGUCUGCGCCACCAAAUGCCUUCCGUGGAUCGUCAAGAAGUCCCGCUAGUAAUCCAACUCGACUUGCAUGGCAGAUUGAUAUAUCCAGUCCUGUAGGAAAGCAAGACGCUGGCCAAGUUACAGUUAAUAGUCAAUCAUCGGUGGUGACUGUUGACACCGAGGCACACUUUGAGGACGAUUAUGAACAUAAGAGAAAGCGCCAAAUGACUCCGUUACAACUAACAGAACAUUUACGUCUCCAUGGAUACGGUGAACCUCUGAUGUUGACCACAUCUAGUUCCGGUGUAUGCUCAAACGGUAAUUCUCGACAUCAUGGGAUGUCGAGAUUGCUUCCAAAAAAUCCAUCGAAACGGGAAAAAAUCAAAGGAAGGGCAAGACUUGACUAUGAAAUGGCAAAUAUGAGAGCUCUUGCUUUUUGUGAGCAGCAAACUUCGAAGGUGUUUAGAACGGCAUCAGCAAAUAUGCGUAAUAGGGAUGUCCAGUUUGUUGAGGAUGAAAUGCGUGAGAAAAUGUAUAAAGAGGACGAGGAAGCAAAUGACCAGACAGAGGGUGCUGUCGUCAUGGCGGUUGACAGGGAAGAUCUCUUUAAACGGGUUAACACAUGGAUAGAGGAGGUCGAGUGUGCUUGUCACGAAGUAACGUAA